UCAGGGCACCUUGCUUUAGCAGACGAAAACAUCUUGAGCUAGACAUACAUUGUUCAUGUUAUCUCUAUUAUGACCCCUUUAAAACUAUGACACGGUACCUCAGUUGGCUUUGUCCCGUCUGUAAAUUCAUUUCACAGCACAGACAACCUAGAGUAUUUACACAUUUACCAGUCAAUGGAUUGACUUUGAAUUUUUACAAAUUCUCAUCAUACAUCAGUUGUACAAAGGACACUUCUGAGAUGGCUAAUCAAGAUGUAGUGUCUAUAUUUUCAUCUGCUGUAAACUCUGUAUUACCCCAUCAGUUGAUACGGAAUCAUAUACAGUUGGAUCACAAUGGAAAAAAUUUGGUCAUUGAGGAACAAAAAUAUAAAUUAGAUAACAAUAUUUAUGUUGUUGGUUUUGGGAAGGCUGUAUUGGGGAUGGCCAGGGCAGUAGAUGAUACGUUAUCACAGCAUAUAGUUAGAGGUAUUAUUAGUGUACCUACAGGAAUUCAGGAAAAUUUCAGAGAUGCUGGCAAGCUUGAUAUGUUACUCGAUUCUAACAGCAAAAUAGAGGUCAGAGAAGGAUCUAAAAACAACAUGCCAGAUAAAAGUUCGUACCAAACUGCUAUGAGAAUUCAGGAUUUGGUUUCUAAACUGAGAGAAAAGGAUCUCCUUAUUGUCUUGAUAUCAGGAGGCGGAUCUGCUUUGUUGCCAUUACCAAUACCACCAGUUACACUAGAGGAAGAAUUGGAACUUACUCAGAUUAUGUCUAAAAAUGGAGCUAAUAUUGAUGAGCUUAAUAUUCUCAGGAAAAAUAUUGAAGUUUUAAAAGGUGGAGGCUUGGCAAAACAAGCCUUUCCAGCAAAGGUCAUUGCCUUGAUUGUGUCAGAUGUUAUAGCAGACAAGCUUGAGAUAAUCAGCAGUGGUCCUACAGUGGCUGACAAGUCUACCCCACAACAAUGUCUGAUGAUUCUUAAACAAUUGAAUUUACAAGACAAAAUACCAGAAUCAAUUAACACUCUUCUUAUAAGACGUACAAGGGAAAUUACUAAAAGUACAGGUUCUAUGGAAUACACUGGAGGAACACAGUGGGAACAUGUUCAAAAUGUUAUUGUUGGAAAUAACAAAAUGGCACUGGCCGCAGCCUCAAUGAAGGCAGAACAACUUGGUUUCCUGCCUAUUAUUUUAAGCUCUGUUCUUGAUGGUGAGGCAAGUAAAGUUGGUGUAAUGUUUGGAAUGCUUGCAAGAUAUGCUGCACUCUCAUUUGGGUACAAAGUAUCAAAUCCAAAAAGUAGUGACUAUGUUCAGUUGGAAUUAGAUCUGGUGACAAAAGGGGUUCCAAAGAAAACUUUGAAAAAGGUAGUUGCUCUGGCUCAGCAUGCUUAUAAUAUAAAAAAACCCAUAUGUAUUCUGACUGGUGGGGAGACAACAGUACAAGUUAAAGGUUCAGGAAUAGGAGGAAGAAAUCAGGAGAUGGUUGUUGCUUGUGCUUUGGAAAUAGACAAACAAUGUCGUAAUGAUACAUCAGUUCUAGCUAAUUUUGAUUUAAUAUUUCUGAGUGGUGGAACAGACGGUAUAGAUGGACCAACUCCAGUUGCUGGUGCAGUGAUAGAUCAAACAUUUAUACAAAAAUGUAAUGACAAUAAUAUGGAUGCGUUGACUUACUUACGAAACAAUGACACAUUUAAUUUAUUUGGGAAAAUAAGUGAAGAAUGUUUGAUACUAAUUGGUCAUACAGGCACAAAUGUAAUGGAUAUACAAGCUUUAGUGAUUAAGAGCAAAUGAAGAAAAUAUUUACACCAAAGAAUGAAUGUUUAACCUCUAAUCUCAAUUGAUUAUUGUGUUAUGUGCAUUGAUUGUUAUAUGUAUUGUUCAUUUUAAUGUGUGAAGGCCUUGUGUGAGAUUAACAAUUGUAUGUUAAAUGAGUUACCUUCGUUAAAUAAAGAAUUUAUUAUUAUUA